UAGGUCUGCGAGAGCCUUUUCUUGCAGGCGACAUGUGAGAACGGACCGAUGGAGACUCUCGUCAGCUGCUAAAGUUACUGCGAAUGGCAACUUCUGGCAAAGCUGCUACUGAAAAGGCAGCCAUAACUGUUUAAAUUUGCCCGCAACCCUAAGGUGACGUCGACCAUGGAUAUCCGCAUUUCUUGUCAGGUCUGCAGCUGCAGAUUUGGGAAUGUGUCCUUUUUUAAGAAGCAUGUUUGUUCAAAAUAUCAUCAACAGGUGUCUAGACAGAUUUUCCCAAAAGAAAAUUUGCUGUACGAAGGCCUUAUUCCCAUUAUUUCUUUUAUGGAUCCGCAUCGCAAAGGCUUUAGUGAACCCUUCGUUGGUGUGUCUAUGAUCAGCCUCUGCUUCAGUCCAGGUCCUCCUUCAGGUUUUUACCUCUGUCAUGUCUGUGAGACCAAAUGCUCUUUAAAGAACAUCUUUGGGCACGUCCAUUCAGAAGAGCAUUGCUUCAACUACUUUGUCUACACAAAUCCAGAUGAUGUGAGUUUCUCCUGGAGACCAGGCAUGGACAUAAGGAGCGUUCUGCGGUCUAAGCUCAAAAGUGAAGUUAAAAAAACUGAGCUUAAUUAUCUGCAGGCACUGCAUUUACCCUUACAGCUACUUAAAAAUCUGAUGGAUUCAACUUACACAGAAGUGAUGCAAGCUUUAGCUGAAAAGGACAAGCUUGUUGAGCAGUUUGAAGCUAUACAAAAGAACAGGACAGAUCUUCAAGAUUACCACAGCAGCAGUAACAGGAAGCAUCCACUUCUUGGACUGCAGCACAUUGUUGAAUGUGUUUGUGCCAAGCCAGGAGAGAAGAGAUAUUACCUCUGCACUUUGUGCUGCCUUGUCUUUGCCAACCACAUGAUCAUCAAACAUGUGCUCAGCCUUGACCACAUUCACUGUUACUUUAAAGCAGUACAUCCCUCGACACUGUUGUCAAAAGAGGCCUACAGGGAUUACAGCUCCUUCGCCCAUAUCAUACAUGAUUUGUCAGAGCAGGCUGAAGAAAUUCAGGCUGCUGAAAAAGUUUCUAUGAAGCAAGUCCUCCUGGAGCCCAGUGACUUCAAGGCAGUGAAUUUCAAGUCCUAUGCAGAAGCUUUGAAGAGCAUGGAAAACAUCACGAAAAGCAGCUUAACGGUUAGCAUUAAGCCAGGGAUCAAGCUUGAGCAUCAACCGAAGAAGCAGGACACUGCUCCAUCAACUCAGAGGGUCAGAUGCUCACUAAGCUGCCAGAACUGCAGUUACAAAUGCACCAAUUUCCACAAGUUUUUUAACCACCUAUCCUGGGAAGAACAUGCGAUGAAUAUGGAGGAACCUAUUGUUGCAGCUGGGAGAAAUGAUGACUAUGAGCAAUCAGGACAAUUUUUUCUGGGCAUUUUUCCAUAUGCCUUGAGCUGUCUGAAGGCAAAUCGGCCUAUUGUCGGAACAUCACUGGUUGUGACGUGCAUUGCGUCACAAACAAAGGCAAAACCAUUUUAUCUAUGCUUUGCUUGUCUGAUGUCCUUUCCUCAGUCUGAACUUGGGGAUCAUUUUGACUCCAAAAAGCACAUCAUAAACACUCAGCUGUGUCAGAAUCCCUGGAAGCUGCCUUUUGCGUGGGAGGCUAACCUGGAUUACACAGCGCUGAAGGCAACCACAUGGAAGGAGGAGGUGGAACAGAGCAGAGAUACGAUCACUCUGAAGGUUUUUGACGUUCCGCACUCCAUAUUCUUUUCUGUUGACCAUUCCAAUUUCUUGGAAGUAUGGGAAAGACUUGAACCGCACCGAUCCGUCAUCAUUCAAAAUGUUCCCCAAGCUGAAACGUACAGCCAACUUCCACAGCACGAAAGAUUUCCUCUGCUUGGCAAACAGCACCUCGUGACACACAACCUGGUUGUGAGUGAAAACAAGCAGGUGAUGGGAAGUUUGUGUUUGCUCUGUGAAAGGAGGCUCACAGGCAAUGAAAUGGAUGCUCAUAUCUUCAGUCGGGAACAUGUAUCAAAAUUUCUGGAUGCUUUCCAUCCGGGUUCACUGAGUUCCAGCCGUACCGAUGCAGAGACACUUCUGGACUUGGCAAAACAGGCAGCACGGGUUCAUCCUCAGUCAGACGUGCAGAAUUUUUACCUGGACGAGCCAAUCAAGGAGCCAUGCGACUACAAAAUAGCAAAAAAGAUCUUGGCAGCAGUAAAGAGGAGACGAAGAGAAGGAAGCCUUGUUCCGCAAAUAAAGUCAAAGUAUAGGCUGGUUUCUAGGAUAAGUCCAAAAAACACCAACAAACAGCAAGAGACAGAUGCCCGGACAAAAAGCCCUGACACUGACGCAAAAGAAAGUGGGGGGAGUGAAGACAAACAUGGCAGUGACAAGGAGACGCCAUCAGGAGAAACAGAGGGUGCUGCAGAAAAGGAAGGAUCCCCAAAAACGAGUCCAAAAGAUUUUAAAAAAGAACCUGAGGCAGAGCUGCCAGCAAAGCUGAAAACAGAGGAACCUGUUGAUGAAAAACCAAAGGAGGAGGCUGCUCAGAGUCAUGAAAAUGCUGAAAAGAAUGAUGAUCCACCCAUUAAACAAGAAAAGAGCUCAAGUAUCAAACAGGAAACAACUCUGCUGAAAGAAAGUCCCCAAAAAAAUGAGAUAAAAAGGUCAAGUACACCCGAAAAAACACUGAAUAAUGCAGGUCAAAAUGGAAGCAUAAUGAGCCCAAAGACGCUGCAGCCAGUCUUCAAACAGGAGUCAUGUUUUGAAGAAAUUACAGAUAAGUCAAAUAUUUGCUCAGCAGUGAAAAACACAGAAACAUCUGAUGGGGAAGUGCCUGAUAAGGACGUUAUGGAGAGAGUUUCAAGAACCUGCAUUGAAUGCCGCUGCAGCAAGCAUGAAGCAAUCUACCUCUGUGGGCACUGUUUGCUUAAGAUUCCAAAGAAGGACAUCAACAAUCACGGAAAGGGAGCCGACCACCCGAAGAUGAGCGUACUGGUGAGGGUGGUUCAUCUGGAGGAAGCAAUGUACAAUCAAAUCUCAAAACAAGUUUUCCUUUCAGCAAGUCUUCGGGAUUUCCUCUACAAAGUGAUCCAGAAAUCGCAGGAACCCAACCUUCUGUUUCAAACCGCUGCCCAAGCACACGUUAAACCAAACAGAGUGUCAAAGAAACCUUCCUGCAAACAAGAGGUCAAGAAGAAGAAACAAGAGGUCAAGAAGGUGGUGUGUGUUUCAGAAGAGUCUGGCGUGUCUCCAGACACAUCUAAAACAGCAGGAGCCAUUUGCAAAAUGGAUCAAGGGAAGCCCAAAACAUGCACCCCUGUUGUCAGAAGCGACAAAGCUGGGAAACAUCAUAGCUCUUCAAGUCCUCAAAGCACACAAAAUAAAUGCAAACCUGACCUUUCCGGAAAAAAAGCAGCCAAAUCUGAAGUGGGAGGGGAUUUACCAAACACAUUUAACUGUACAACAACUUCUAACAGGCCGUCAGAAAUCACUUCCCCCACAACAUCCAUACCACCAAGCAGUAAAAGCUUCACACCUUCAGACGAGAACAGGACACUGCAAGUUUCCUCAGACACAAGAUCUGCAGCGACACAUAAACCUGAACAUCCUCCUAAAUGUGCCAAUACAGAAUCCAAAGCCCCACCAUCACCAGACCUUAAGAAAACAUCUUCUGCUGCUUCUAAUGCAGCUAAACCACAAAUCAAAAGCAUAAACACUGGACAAUCUAUGAAGGCGUCAAUAGGGAGAAACCCAGAUAAUGAAACGGCUGUUCGGAAGAGGAAACUCGCUACCGUUCCUCACCAGAACCCUGAAGAGAUCAAGAAGCCCCAGAAAGAAUCAAAUCUCCCUAAAGUUGGGUUAAAUCAGCUGGUUUUGGUUUCCUGUGAAAAGAAACAACAGGUCUACUGUCUGCUGUGUUCAGACAAACUGAAUUCAUCGAGUGCUUAUCAUCUGACCAGCCGUGUCCACCAGUUCAAAUACGUGAAAAUGAAGUAUCCUGAAUGGUCAGUGAAGGAGCUGGAGAAACAGUUAAUUCAGACCGUUACUCUGUUGGCUGAAGUGGAGAAAAAACUGCCUCAAACUCGGAGCAUUCAGAGACUGGAGGUGAAAAAGGAUGAAUACCAGAAACUGGGAAAUCUUCCUGACAACUUGGCUGUAGAAAAAGUGAAAGCAUUGGUGAAACAAAGGGACCUGCAGGCCUCGUCUUCCCCCACAGUUGACAGCACGCUGCAUCCUUGCCAAGACAUCUCCAGUCCAUGUGACGUUUCAAGCUCAGGGAUCCCUGCAUUUCACGAUGACAUGUCAGACUCUGCUGAUCAUAACCAACCACAACAUCAACGGCAGGAGGAGAUGACUGAAAUGGAGUAUAACCAUGAAGAUGAUCCAGCUGUGGCCGGUGGUCAUUCAGUUAGAGGGAGCAGCUCGGAUGAAGAAGACAUCCAAGUAGAUGAGGAGAUUGAGGAGGAGGCUGAGACUUUAAUGGAAACCGAUCCAGAUCAGUGGACUCAAGCUGAAGACAUGGCUGAUAUUGCCCAAGAAGAACAGUUUUCAGAUGCCAAGUCUCCACCUCAUGUUGAAGUUACAACCGCUCUUCAAACUUCUGAAUCAGAGACCAUCCUAAAAAGCACAGAGAAGAGUUGUUCAACCGAGUUACUAAGAAGACAGAGCAUCGAAGCCGCCAGUUUGAUCCAGGAUCAGCCACAGUUGAUGAGCUGCAGCAGAUUUAACCAAGAGCCUGUUCUAGGAAGUAAAGAUGAGGAUGAAGCAGAAACUCUCCAACUGCAUCAGCUUAAGGAGCAAAAUAACAACCAGCCUCAGAAAAUCACAGUUACAGUGGAUGACCCUGAAGCAAAGGUGGACAUAGGGUCAAAGAGUGGCGAUCAUCUUCAUUGGGAGAGAGAUGCAGCUUCCCAGAAGACACAGAAUCCUGCAGAACCUGCAGAGGUUUUACCUGUAAAAGUCAGCAGUCAGCGGGAAGUUGUGGCAGGACAGCAGAACCAAUCUGAAUUGAGCCACAAUGCAGAGCCUCCUCCGAAACGCCACAAACUCUGUGAAGACAACAGUGCCCUACAGACACACUCCAUUACUUCCUUUGGAAACAAGGUUCAGGGCUCCAGUCGUUUGUCCCUUUUCUUGACAGCAUGUGGCCAGGAUCUUGAACAGGUCAUCGGUAGGGACUAUGUGUGGGAGUGUCAGGGUAUUUCUCUGAAGACCUUUUACCUGUGCGAAGUCUGUGAAAAGACGCUCUCAACCCAUGACAUCUGUCAACAUAUGGUCAGCCGUGACCACCAGCUCCAGCACUUGAGGAGGGAGCAUCAAAGGUGCCUGGAGAUGUUUUGGCUGCAGGACGACCUGCCUCCUGAAUUUAAAGCUGGGCUAUUAAAGGACAUUGUCCGAGAGCUGUCAAAGCGGGAAAGGUUCCUUAAAGUGGACGCGCAGUCUGUAUUGCUUCGACCUGAGUUCCAUGAAUCUCUCCGGACCGCUCCGUUCACUGAAGCACUGAAAAUUGUGAAAAGCAUUGCAAAUGAAGACAAACAAGCUGCUUUUCAUCGACCGGCCUCCGCUUUCCCUAAGAGUGAGCGCCACCAGACCAGGCAGCAGACUGCAGACCUGCAGAGCAUACAGAAGAAUCUUCCUACAGAGAGGCUGUCUGCUCAGGUGCUUGAGAAAAAGCAGAGAAGUGAAACAGCUGGUUUGAAUCCAGAAAAAAACAACUCUGAAGAGGGAUCCCUGGCUGACGGCUCUUCAAAGCCUGAUCAUGAGGUCUUUAAAGACCAGAUUGUUGGUCUAGAACCAUGCAGUAGUGCCGCUCAGAAGCCUGAAUGUAUAACGACAGUCUCCCCACUCAUAAAACAAAGUCCAGUGGAAGAGAAAUCUUCUAACUCAAAGGUUUGUCGUGGUUUGGAUCCCAGUGAAGAGCUCUGCAGUAGUUCUCUUCAUCCACACACCAAACCCUCUGUCUCUCAGAUUGAAGAAUCUUUUACCCCUAUGGAUCUAAAUGCUACUUUCUCAAAAGGUGAUGUACAUCCCAGUCCAGAGGCAUUGCCAUUAAGAGAACGAGAUUAUAGUGAUGGCUCUCUGCAACCAGAGUUGACAGUGACUGUUCCUCAGCUUCAAAGCUCUGAUCCGCUACCGGUAUCCUCUGCAAUCAACCCUCAAGUAUCCAUUCCAGAUGAGCUUCCUCACACUGUGGGAAGACAACUUGAAGUAUCCAUGAAUACAUUGUUAGAAACCAGCAGCUCAAUAUCAGCUGAAUGUACAGCAGCACCAAUGACAUGUGACAGUGGAUCCAGCUUGCAGUCAGCUGCAGUGUACACCUCAUCUAACCCUGUGACGGGCGAGGUUGCUUUGUUGGGUACAAGAAAAUGGGAGUUUCUCUCGGGGCUAAUCGGCGUGUUAAAACGAAACAAUUAUGGUCCUUCAACUUCAAAAACUGCUGAUAGAGACUUCAUGAAGGCCAGCUCACCACUUGGUGCAUCUGAAUGCAAUGCUGUAGUUCCUAACGCUGGCUUCGGAGAACUACAGAGGUCACAAAUCAACGUUUCCCAGGAAACCUGUAGAAUUGUAAACAACCCAGAGCCCAUGGAGACUGGAAUCAGUCAGCUGCCUAUUAACACCAUCAUAACUGCCAGGUCAGACCACAUGAGGCAGACCUCUAGAGGACACACUCUUACUGAGGUGAACAGACGACACCAACUCCAUUUUCACUCUGAUCUAACUCCCAGCCCUCCUAACUUUAUGGCAGUUUCAGGAGGAAACAAUCCUCACACCCAAGCUGCUUUUCUCCCUGGACUUCCAGACUCUGCUCCCCCACAGAGCCCCUUCCCCCUCAAUGCUUUUAGCAUCUAUCAGCAGUAUAUCUAUCCAAGCCAGCAGGUGGUCCACCCCGUCAGCAUGCAUUCAUUUGGGUACAGUUUAACCGCACAAAUGCCUCCAAGUUCGGGAAAUAUGGAGAUGCAGCAGUACUACUCCAUGAUGAGACCAGAAAGUGACCAAUAACUGUUUCUAUUUUGUUUUCAUGGUAAUCCUGUAAAGGCUAUCAGAACGUUUGUGUUUCUUUUUUUUUUUUUUGUACUUUAUUAGGUUGCAGUAGAAUUCUGUUUAAGGUAAUGAUUUCAAAUUUUGUAAUUUUAGUGUUUGUUUUUUUUUUAUCUAUUUUAAUCUGUCUGUGUUUUAUAAGUUGUUUCAGAAAUGAAAUGAUUACUUGUACCAUUUUGAUAUGUUUACAUUAACUCAUUUUAGAGCUUUUUUUUCCAUUUGGAAAGUUAAAAAGUACCUCAGUUAUUUUAUAGAAUGUUUCAUCGAGAUUUCUUUCACAUUUGUGUAUGUCUGUAUAUAUAUAUGUGUAUAUGUAAACAGGAACAUGUUCUGUUUGUUCAGCUGAAUCACUUUGAUGUAAAAUUUAUUUUUUUAUCUUUUUCAGAA